CCUCUCUGUCUCUCACCAAAAUAAAAAACUCAAUCUCUCUCUCUCUCUCUCUCCAUCGAGAAACACUAAACUGCUAUAAUCAUUACCUCUCUUCGAUUUCUCAAACCCUAUCUGGCUCUCUACCCAUAUGCUUCAGAUCCGCAUUAAAAAAGCUAAAUCUGCUAUCCGCAGUCAUCUGUUCAUAGGAAAAGAUCUGGCUUUACUUUUAGAGAUUAUCUCAGAUCCAGCCUUUUACCCAAUUGAAGUGUGCAAAAGUAAGUACCCCCCCACCUCUGUUCCUCACGGUUUUUCUGCAAAGGACCCACCCUCCUUGAACUUCAGCGUCCAUCACAAUGUCCCCAUCAUCAUCAAACCUGUACAAGCCAGUGGCGAUCCUAACAUUGUAGAAGUUGAUAGCAUUUUUGCAAGUGGAGGGAGCACUUGUGUUUCUCCACGUAUUGCUGUCUUGAUUAAAGCGGUUGUCAACUCUGUAAAGUCCCUCUACUUCAAUAGGUAGGUCCAUAUGCUGAAGAUUUAUCGCAGGAGCGACCACUACGGGAGCCGCCAUUGGAGAUUCUCUGUGAGAGAGAGAGAGAGAAAUAGUUUGAGAAUCAAUCUUCUGUAUUUUAUUGUGUAGAUCAAGUUAUUUAGUAUAUGCUAGUACUUAUGGUUAAAAUAGACUAUUAUUAAAAUUCAAAAGUAAUAAAGCCAACGAGUACACUAAACUCAGAUUAUAUUUUCCAAAACUAUUGCUAAAG